AUGAAGCUCUUUGAAGACCGCAAUUUCCUAGUGACGGUAGUGUUCGACGGUCGGCCGCCUCCGGCCAAGAGUGGGACAUCUCAACACCGACGAGAGAGGAGGCAGAAGAGUGCACAACAGGCGCGUGCUCUACACGACGCCGGUGGCUGUCCCGUGGAGAUCAACAAGUUGGCCAGCGCUGCUUGUGCUUUCGACGGUCGAGUUACCGCUGAGAUCGCAACGCGCUUGAGAGCCCGUAUCAGGGGGGAGGUAAACAUCGCCCCAGGCGAAGCGGAUCCACAGCUUGCAGUUUUCCAGGACAUCCAUCUCGCAACAGGGGCGAACGUGUACGUGUAUGCCAAUGACUCCGACUUCACAGUUCUUGGGGUACUGGAUCUUUUGGUGGAAGUGGUAAAGAACGCGAGAGGAGAGCUUGUCGGACGAUGCGUCCGGCAGAGGCUGCUCUUCCAACCCACCACAUGGUCCUUCCUCCGGAGCGGGGAUGUUCGUGGUCGGCUGCGCCAGCUGCACGGGAUACACCAGCCAGUUGACGAGGGCUUCGACUACACGCCUCUACCGGAACCGACCGCCCGCCGCCGCCUUCUCUUGUUCGCCAUUAUCGUAGGCAAAGACUUCGCGAAAUUCAAAAAUGUCGGACCAGUUACUGCUGCAAGGCUAGCUUUCGUUGACACAGAAAGCGUGUCUGGGCGGCAUCUUUGCUACCAUUCGAUGCGGUUGUGGGAGACCUGGCCUCAAGGCUGCUGGUGGAGUCCAGGGAGGAGGACACGCCUGCUGCGCGGCCCCGUGGUGUGGAACCCGCUGAGCGGCGAACUCCAACAUUUGUCCGGCGCGUCGACCAGGGAGGAAAUCACCCGCCAUACAGGGACGUUGGAGCUAUCCCCGCUGGCGUCCCGUGUGGCCCGGGGAGAUAUAUGUCUGCUGACCGGGCGCGAAUGGGACCCACCGCUGGGUACAGCACAAGGGAAGGGGCAGGCGGCAGGCGCGGAUGCUGGCAGGCAGAAGAAAAAGGCAACACCCGAGACGGCUAGCAGUCGCCCCUCGAAUGCUAGCAGCAGGGCGUCUCGCGCUCGAGGUCCUCAAGACACAAACAACUACCGCGAGCACGGCUUCAGCAGACUCCCGGGGGAGACUGAAGAUUACACCAAGUGGACCGUGCCUAAGCUUCGCGAGUUUCUAAGCGUUUUUAGGUGUCUCGACAACACCGGGACCAGUGGGUUGAACAAAGCACUCCUUGCUCAGAUGGCUGGGGAUGUCGUCAGGCUGAUUAGGAGCUGCGGUGUGUUGGACACCAACUUGGCGUUUCGCCAUCCCUUUCCGGACCUCAGCUCUUUUGAGGAAAAGGAGGCCAGGCUAAUGCCGGAUCUUCCUGCGACAGGGCUGCGCAUAAAGGAGUGGUCCGCUAUGCGGCGGUAUCUCCCCGAGAUAUCGAAAGCCGUCAUCUUACGGUUCAUGCGAGAAGUGAACAAACUCGCCGGCAAGGGCUCGCGGCUCUGGUAUAGAUCGCUGCAGCGGGUGUUGGACAUGGGGAACCUCAGCAGGUUUUGGACCGUUCAGGCAGCGGGGAGCAUUAUGUGGAUUGGGACUAGCGCGGGCGCCUCCUUCUCGGCCGACAAGGAGUACCGCGUCCGCAUCAAACUACGAAGUGGAUGA